AUGAGCGCUAUUCUCCGCACAUAUACUCCAUUGCGAACGAGCACUAUUACAAUUUCACUACUCUCUCGAGCAAGCACAAGUAUCACAGCCUUAACACGCCGACAAUACUCAUACAGUGACUAUGGCGGCGAAGACCAGACUCGUCGCAGACAAGCCAAGUUGCCGAGGGAUAGCCCUACGAGGCGGAUGGAGCACCCAGGCCCCAACCCGUCUCCCAACGCAAUCAAGGAUUCAUUUACCUUCAAAUCCCCACCCGCUGCCACCUCAAAUGCCGCCGAGCAUGCCCCCGGCUGCUGCGAAGCCGCCGAAAAACCCACGCAUCCCUCGAUUCCCUCCAACAAAGCCCACCCUACGCUCAGUGACGGACGACAGUCCCCCAACGUUGACGUAAGGGGCAACAGGGCCCACAAUAUCCCGGAGGAUGUGCAGAGGCAUAAUGCUGAGAUCAAGGAGAGGCAUGAUCAGAGUUAUAAUAGGAUUUCGGAUAGGGGAGAUGUCAUUCAGGGGUUUCGGUCGGGGUCGACUUGA